UGCAUUAUGAAGCAACAUUUUUACUCUUCCGGAUGUCGCAAUAUUUCCGCCCGAGCGAAACGACAACGAGUUGUUUCUCUAAGAGCAACAAGGAAGUGUACACACUCGAAGUUUAUUUGUUAAACAACGAAAACUUGAAUCUUUUUCAGUUUAAUCGCCAUAACUAAUACUAUGUACAUCAAAGGACACUUUGCGCCUGCGUUCACGUUGACGGCCAUCUUGGCCGUUGUUCUAGAGUUAAUCAGUUGCGGAAACGCGACGUUGCCGGAAACUAUAAAAUGGACAGGCGGAAAUUUCGAAUGGCCAUCCCCAACCACCAAGAAUAUGUACAAAAGUAAUGGAAAAUAUAUCUCGAAGAAUGUGAUCGCCACUAGGAUCGCGAUGCAUAACAACGAAGCUAUCGUGGCUUUGCCAAGGUUCAAGGCAGGUAUUCCAGCGACAUUGGCGAAAAUUUCUAAGGACGCGCAAAAUUGCGAAGCCACUUUGAUCCCUUAUCCUUGCUGGUCCCUUCAGGAAGAAGGAACUUGCACGGCUCUGCAAAACGUGGUAGAUCUUUAUCUGGAUCCUCAGAACAUUCUUUGGAUCCUCGACACUGGAGUAGUGGACACUUUGGAUGAACCUGUACGCAAGUGUCCAGCAAAGGUUCUUGCCAUCGACGUUACCACAGGAAAGCUUAUAAAAACCGUGGAACUGACCGGUCUGACGUCUCCCACGUCCCGUUUGCAAUACGUGGUAUCCGACUACACCCAAGACGGGAGGGUAUUCAUCUACGUAUCCGACGCAGCCUCGAGAGCCAUCCUCGUUUACGACGUGACUUCCGGUCGAGGUUACAGAGUUGUUCUACCCCAAGCCGUGAGCAUGGGCUGCACCAGAAGAGACGUCCUCUAUCUGGCUCUUCUCCGACGUUCAGAUGGCAGCACUUGCUUAAUCUUCACCUACUUGAGCAGCAGUCGUAUGUUCUCGAUAAGGACGGAGCAUCUUCGAAACGGUUCCACGAGAGGGAGAAUCCACGAUCUCGGCAUGAAACCGAGGAAGAUGGUCAUCUUGGGCACGGACAAUGGAAGCGCCCUCUUCUUCCGGUACGAAGGAGAAGCGGACGUUUACAGAUGGGACGCCGCGAGCAAUCCUUUCGAUCCAAAGUGUUUCAAGAAGGUGUACACGAGCGCAGAGUGCAACCUCGUCACUCACGUUGUUGCCGAUUACGCGAGGGGAAGCAUGAGAGUGCUCGAGUCGAAUUUCCCUGAUUACAUGCAGGGCACGGUCGGAUGCGGCGCCACACAAGUUUUGAACGUUAUGUGAUUAGCUAGGAUUAGUGUUUUGGAAUUGAAUAAAUUGAUCGAAGUGAGAUGAAAGGGAGGUUUUUUUUUUUCUCGAAAGUAAAGAACACACGAGAGUCAAUUUGUAAGAAUUGCAAGGAUUUUUUGAAAUCUUUAUAUUCGCAGAAUAAAACUCUCGAGAAUUUUUUUCGAUGAUAGUGAAAAUUAUUUAUCACUAAAAAGGGGAAAUAAAGCGAUAACGUUGCGUUUCAAUUUCAAAUGUUAUCGUAAGUAAAAAGGAAUUAUUUUUAAAGGAAAAUGUGAGACGAAUUGAGAAAUAUUAAAUAUAUAUUUCUUAAUCUUAUAUAUGCAUAAUUUAAUGAUAAAUAUUAUUGAAAUUAAUGAAUAAUAUCUAAUUUUUUCGAUUCACUCUCAAAAUAUACUUUUACUUUUUAUAAUUCUAGUCGCAAAAGUGCAAAGAUAAACGGCUAUUUCUACGCCAAUGCAGGGUCAUAAAUCAAGAUGCAAAUCAUUUCGUGAGGUUGACCAUGUGUAUCCUGUAUCUCGAAUACACUUAAUACGCUGGGAAAAAACAACAAAAACCUUUCUCUCUUACAAUCUCUCUCGUUCGUUGCUUUGAUCACGAUUAGUCGACAAGAAACUGUUUCCUUUAAAUGGACUAUGUACAGAGUGAACGAAGUAAAUGAGAUAGGAUUUAAUUCUAUAUUAUUCUAUAUUCUAUAUUAUUCUCAAAAAGGUUGAAAAUGACAAUUUGUCCAACGAGAAUUGGAAUUUAGGUCAUGCGAUUCGUAAAUAAACUUUGUAGCACAACGUGUUGAA